GCCGGUAGGCAUGAAGCAGGUCUACAACAACUUCACAUACGACCGCACCAAGAUCAACUGCCCCUCUGAGGAUCAACCCUUCAUCUUCACUAAGGUCAAUAGCCUCCCGAGUCCACCUGUUACCACCACCACCACCCCUGUCCCAGUCACUAACACCACCACCCCCAGCCCUGUGCCCCGGUGUGACUCCUCCAUACCUGUGUGGGUGCCCGUGUUACUGGGCGUCACUGGCUUACUGAUCGGCUGGGGAAUCACAUGGCUGCUCAUGUCCUGCAGAGAACGGCGGAAUAAGAGGAAAAUGGGAGAGAAAGAGGUUGAGAUGAAAGGAACUGGUUUCUAAUGAUAUUCAGCAACAGAUAACAAAUACUUUUUUCUAGAGAUUUUAUUCUGUAAAUUUGAAUGUGGAAAUACAGUGUCAAAAGCAUGUAGGUGGCAUGGACAAUAAUGGACAACAGCUUUGUAUCAACCAAAAUGGUUAAAUUGUCAGUAACUAUGUCAUUGGGUAUUUCAAGAGAAAUGUUGGCAUUCAGUUGCAUCAUGUGAGCCCCUAUGAAUUACCAGGAUGAAUAGGUCAGCGUAACCCAAGCCCAUUGCAAUAGAAGUUGGAGCCAUUGUCCAUGGAGAUUAACAAAGGGAGAAAGGGGGGUAUUUUAUUGAGGGUACACAACAAGUUGUCUCACCAUGUUAAUAUUUGAUAGAGCUAUGAUAGAGGGGUCACAAUAAAAGUAAUGGAUAUCCCCAAAUUAUGUUAAUAAACUUAGAAUG